AUGAAGGAAAGGAAGAUUGAAUCAGAGGAAGGCUACACAUAAAGUUUUAGGACCUGGAGGUCACAAAAUGUGGGUAAUGAAAAUAUUUUUAAAUCUCUUGUAAACUAAAGAUUUAAUCUAUCAUCAAAAAAGUUCUAACUACUAGAUCGAGUGUUCUAAUACUAAGGAACUCUUAAAAGUCACAGAGGGAAUAAUGGAAGUUAGAGUACAUAUAAAUUAUGAUUGAUGACAAUGGAU